AUGGCAUCUUCCGAGCAGAUCAAGGUGACGCAAGACUUGCUGUCAAGGGCACACUCUCCCGACAGCGCAAACCGCAUCUACAGUGACAAGAUUCAAUAUCGAACUCUCCAGCUCAAGCCAACAUCGCCUCCGCCUGCCGCUCUCAAUGCCAGGGCAGCACGCCAGAGAGCUCGCAUACAGGGAAAACUCCGUGGGAAGCAGAGGCCAAAGCCGCUGUCUGCUCGGGAGCGCCGCCAGCUGGGCCUCUAUGACAUUCCCAAGGAAGGCCAGAAGUAUGAAAUUUACGAAGGGCUCAAUAAGCUAUGGAUGGGAUAUGUCUUGGAAAUAUUGGGCAACGACAUAUACACUGGUGGCCCAUUGGCUGCUGCCAAGCUGGCAAGCGCCGAGUUUCACGGGGCGGAAGCUGAAGUGGUGAGGAGCCGGUGUCCAGGACGAGUGGGCAUCAAGGGCAUCAUUGUGAGGGACCGCAAGUUUGUUGUUGAGCUGAUUACGAGGAAGAGGGGGCUCAAAGUUGUUCCCAAGGAGGGAACCACCUUUCGUGUGGAGGUCUCUGCGCCCCAGCCAGCCAACGAUACCACGGAGAAGAGAUUCGCCUUUGAGGUCCUUGGCGACCAGAUGAUGCUGCGAUCCGCAGAUCGGGCCAACAGGAAGUUCAAAGCGCAUUUCCUAAAGAAUGUGUAG